CUGGGUUUCUUUUCUCUAGAUCUAUGGCAUUCACCAUGGUGGCUCUGAGCUGGAAGCUGCCCAUCUGCUUUCUCUUGUAUCAAGUGGUCUCAGGAAGAGUGAGGAGGGAGGAGCACUACGUGGCGGCGGUGUACGAGCACGAGUCCAUCCUGAGCCCGACCCCGGCGGCGCUGGUGGAGCGACGCUCCGCACUGGAGCUCAUGGGCAAGAACCUUGACAUCUAUGAGCAGCAAGUGCUGGCUGCUGCCAGGCAGGGGGCACAGAUCAUUGUUUUUCCUGAAGAUGGAAUCCAUGGCUUCAACUUCACCAGAAGCUCCAUUUACCCUUACUUAGAUUUUGUUCCACAUUCACACUCUGGGAAGUGGAAUCCCUGCAGAGAGCCCUAUUUGUUCAAUGACACAGAGGUCGUCCAGCGCCUGAGCUGCAUGGCUCUGAAGAACAAGAUAUUCCUCGUGGCCAACUUAGGGACCAAGCAGCCGUGUGAGCGCUCGGAUCCUGGGUGCCCGUCGGACGGGAGGUACCAGUUCAACACCAACGUGGCGUUUGCCGCAGACGGAACGCUGCUGGCCACGUACCGCAAACACAAUCUGUACUUCGAGUACGCUUUUGACACCCCUCCAGAGCCAGACUAUGCAUUCUUUGACACCCCUUUUGCUGGCAAGUUUGGCAUGUUCACUUGCUUUGACAUACUCUUUUUUGAGCCUGCUGUGAACCUUAUCAGACAAUACAACUUGAAGCAAAUUGUCUAUCCAACUGCCUGGAUGAACCAGCUCCCGCUUUUGUCUGCUGUAGAGUUUCAGCAAGCUUUUGCAACAGCUUUCAAUGUCAAUAUUUUAGCAGCCAACAUCCACCACCCUACGUUGGGCAUGACAGGGAGUGGCAUAUAUACUCCAGUCAAAUCAUUCAUCUACCACAACAUGGAAAGUUAUGGUGGCAAGCUCAUAGUAGCAGAAAUUCCUGUGAUUACUGCAGAUUAUAAAACCAAUUCAGAGAGCAAUGAAAGAUUUAGAGAGAGCUUACAUGACUCAUGCAAGACUUUUACGAGCACCUCACUGGAUGAUGACGUUUGCUUUAAGGAGCAAGAAGAGAUUGCUGGCAGAGUAUCUGAAGGAGGAAAGGAACAGUCACCUCCUUCCUUUUAUGCAGAAAUGAUGUAUGACAACUUCACUUUUGUUCCUGUAUGGGGGGAAAAAGGAGAGGUCCAGGUUUGUGCCAAUACCCUUUGUUGUUAUUUAAACUACCAGAGAGCUGUUUUAACUGAUGAAUUAUAUGCUCUGGGAGUUUUUGAUGGGCUCCAUACAGUGCAUGGCACAUACUAUGUCCAGGCCUGUGCCUUGGUGAAGUGUGGUGGUCUCAGUUUUAGCACUUGUGGACAGGAGGUCACAGAUGCCACUGCUCUGAUAGAUUUCCAGCUAUGGGGAAAUAUGAGCACCCCUUACAUCUUUCCUUUGCUGCUGACAUCUGGUAUUACCUUGGACUUUGCUGAUCACAUGGGCUGGAAAAACAACCACUAUUUCCUCAGCAAAAAUAGAACAUCUUUUGGCCUCCUGACAGCUGCUGUCUAUGGACGAUGGUAUGAAAAGGACUAG